AAAAAUUUUAAUGAACUUUUUCAUCCAUCAGGUCGUGAAAAUAUUCAGGCAGAAUUUGCAAUUGAUGAGUCUCUGGCUGUAAUAACUUUCAUUGAAGUUGAGCAUCAAAAAUGUCUUUCUGCAAGAUAUUUUAUUGAAAAACUUUGUAAUCUCAUAGCUAGUACUAAUGCUAAUCUCCAAUUAAUAAAAGUGGAUAAAAGCUAG